GAGGAGGAGCUGGGGGUCUGGACUCGGGUCUGAGGGAGGAGGGGCUGGGGUCUGGACUCGGGUCUGAGGGAGGUGGGGCUGAGGAGGGCCUGGAGGCCUGCGGUGGCGGUCUUGAGGAACUAGAUCCAGGUUCCGGCCUGCGCUCUUUCCUUCGGGGUUCCGGAGCACUCCGCGAGCCACGCCCCAUUCCGAACCCGGCCGAGCCCCGCCUCUCUCGGCCUGGGCCUGGGCCCCUCCCCAACCUUCCCGGGCCCUGGAAGGAUCUCGGAGGCGAAAUUGCUAGAAGAGACUUCAGAGGACCCCAGUGGUGAUGGAACAGCCAAAGGACGGGGCUGGGCCCGAAGGGAACAACCUGUCCCUGCCAUCAUCUGGGACUGAGCCAUGGACCCCUUCGACUGUCUCAGCCCAGCCACCCUGGCUCCUGGGCGUCACAGACCCCACCCACCUGGGGCUCCCGGAGAGCGUGGCCUCUGUCACCGUGCCCAUACGCCUGGACACCCUCUCCUGCCUCCUGCAUAGUGCCCUACUUGGGGUCUACAGCCUCCAACAGUCCUUGCCCUCUUGCCCCUGCUAUCCCCAGGCAGGCCACACCCAGCCAGGCACAGUCAGGAGGCCUCCAAGGGGACGCGGGGGCUGGGAAGUCAGACACAGGCCAGGCUGGGGCCGGGGCCCACAUCGAUGGGGUCCCGGGAGAGCUGAGCAGCCAGAGAGGGGCUGGGCGGGGGGCCUUGGGGCUGGCCCCAGGACCCCACCAGUGACGCUGCCCUCACCACCAACACUACCUGCCCAGGGUGGGAAGAAGGAAGCUCACGGUUCGGAGCCACCCCUGGAAACACCACCGGCCGCUGAGGACUGGGAGACAGAGUACUAGGAUCCCAGAGGGUCCAGUACCUGGGAUCACAGUCACCCAGGAGGCUUUUCCUGGGGCCUGGAGUGACCUCAGCUCUGUCAGAAGAACCCCAAGAAACAUCUUGUUCCCAUCCUCCCCUGUCCCCCAAACCAUGGUCCCAGGAGUACUUCCUGUGAGCCACUUGGUGAACCUGACCUAAGUUACUUGACUUAGAAUCCCAAGCCAGAAGAAAACCCUGAACGCCCUGCCAGGCCUGUCUCCUUGAUGGCCUCAACCCCAUGCCCAGCGCCAUCCCCGACCACAAUCCUUGCCUGAUUCUCGACCCCCAGGGCUCUUCCAACCCUGUCCCCUACCCUCUUCCUAAGCCCAAAGCUGCUCCUCUCUGCGUCUCUCUCCCCCACUCUCAACACCCUAUUCCCGAGCCCAUUCAUUCCCAUCCCUGCCCCCAAUCCCAGCUUCACUUCUGCGCCUCAACCCUAACCCACCCUCCUUACCAACCCCUUUCUCAUCAGCCCAUGUUUAAUGUCCUCUGAAACUACAGCCCCAAAGAGCCCUAUCCUCAACCUCAGCCACAGCUCUGUGUCCAUCCUCACCUUCCUUCCUGUCCCAGCCGCAACUGUGAUAGCCCCAUGAUGCCACCCCACAAAGAAGCCCACUGGUCCAACACAUCCAGACACCUGUGACUCCCCCCACCCCACCGCCUGCUCUUCAGGUAGGAAGCCCUGGUUGAACAAUAAACGCGUGAUUCUCCCUGUA